AUGGCGGACCCGCACGUUAUCUCGAUGCUGUACGAGGUACUGGUGGCGCAGUCUAAGUACGAGUCGAGAGGGAUCGACUACAGAACGAGGCUGAAGGCGAACUACUACCAGCUGCUCAGGGAAAACAGGGCGCACAAGGACGCGCCCACUAAGUACCCGAAGCAGUCGACGAACAAGCUGCUGCUCUCGCUGGCGGACUCGGUGCGAGUGCUGGACCCGACGGAGCUGCAGACGACGGACCUGGAGCUCUGCUACGGAAUCAACCAGUACGUCUUCCCCAAAAUACCGGACUUCGACAGCCUCGACGCGAACUUCGUGUCAAAGUGGCACAAGUUCUACAACGUCCUGCCGGUGUACCAGAGGGCCUGGGAGAGGAGGAAGAGGCCGAACGAGAAGAAGCACUUCCCCAUGUCCAAGAGGAGGAACGUGAAGGACUCGGAGAGCUCCUCCGAGGACGAGGGCCCGGAGCCGAAGGCGACGCACGCGGUGCUGAUGACUGAGGAGGACUUUGACAACCCGAAGCUGAGCGCGAGGACUGAGGACCCGUACGAGGAGCCGAGUCCGCAGGCGAGGGACCCGGGGGCGGACUUCCCGAGUCACGCGGAGCGCGACGAGGGCCACGUGAAGCUGCCGAUCGUGAUGAACAAGGACGUCGAGGUGACCGACGACGCAAUCGUGUUUGGGCUCAUGGAAGACUACAGGCUCAGCGACUGGGUCUCCACGUCCUCGUUCGACAUGUACAAGGAGCUCUACAGGCAGGUCUACUUCUACGACUCGUCGCUGCGCAUGGGCCCGAUUCAGAGGGAGGACAUGGCCUCCUUCCAGAAGGACGAGGACUCGGAACACGAAAGGGAGGCGGGGAGCGCGGCGAACGUGAAGAGUGAGGCUGCGGCACCGCAGCCCGAAAAAAUGGAGCCGAGCAGCGUGUACAGGUCCGACGCGGGCGUGCGAGUGUUCAGCAGGUCCGACGCGGACGGCAGUCUGGGAUACGGGAGUGACGCUGGACUCAAGUUGGCAAAUAACACGGGCAGCGGCGUCAGAGUCUCAUACAGGGCGCACCCGCAGGACAGAGUGGCCGGAGCGUCGGCUGCCGGAGAAAAGGCGGCACACAGGCACGAAGCCGUUGUUGGGGAUAGGGCCGUAAACGGACCGGACUGUGCGAGUAAGGCAGGAAAUAAGCAGGACGCCCCCGAGAGAUUGACCCAGGGGCAGGACGGUGCCAGUAAGCAAGUCAACAAGCAGGACUUUGUUGCAACUAAGUCGGCAAGCAAGCAAGACGCAACGAAUAACUCGAGUAGUAAACAGGACUUUGUUGCAACUAAGUCGGCAAACAAGUCGGCCAACAAGCAGAACGUUGGAGCAUCUAAGGCAGGGACUAGUUUAGAUUCAAGCUCGAACACGAACAGCUCGGACGAAGUGAACGACGAGCUUAUAGGAACGAGGAACUUCUAUAAAAAGGCGAAGCCGCUGACACUGCCAGGUAAAUAUAAGCAGGAUACAGACCAUUUUGAUCCAGAUGCAAUCUUUGGAAACUACUACUGCCCACUGAGCUCAGGCACCACCUUCGUGGACAGCCUGGUGAAGGUGGACACGCUAGGCUCGAACAACUCGAACGAAACGAGCGCGAAGACAGACCUGGCGGAAAUGGAAAAGCUGGAGGGAGAAAAGGAUGAGACUUCGAAGCUGAUGAACGUGAAGAGCUUCACAGUCAACUUCAUGGAGGUGGACUCGAUAUACUCGUGCAACGACCUGGGCAACUUCGAAGUGAGGUGCAGCGCAAAGAUCAAGCACCCCUUCGCAUCGGGAGUCAUGAGGAGGAAGAUGGAGGGCACGCUGGGAGUGUACCAGGAGCUGCAGGUGCUGCUGAAGAAACUCUUCUCGCUCAAGAGGAAGAUCAGCGGAAACUGCAGCAUCUGCUCAGGCUGGAACCUCCUGCACGGGAUAGCGCACUCGUUCUGCGAGUACUGCGAGGACAAGCUGGUGAACAGAGACCCUGAGAUCCUGCUAAAAAUAUUCGAGAUCAGGCGGUACCUGGUCUCGAUACUGUACCCGAUCGUGGGCUACAACUUUCAGACGCUAGAGCUCUUUAAGACGGGCGAGCUCGCGCACAACUGGAAGGACCUGAUAAGGACGCAGAAGGUCUCGAUUCAGUCGCUGACGGAGGUGGGUUCGUCGUUCCCGAAGGCAUCGCUCCACGACUCGAGGUGUCUGCCCUCGCCGAUAACGCUGCCGCACACGAUCUGUGACACGAUAAACACGUUCCAGUUCCCGAAGACGAACCAGUUUAGUCACGGACAGGGAGGUGCGUCAAGUCAUUCACCUCAGGGCGUGUCACUGAGUCAGGGGCACCCUCAAGUAGCAGGUUUAUCAGGCCAAUCGAGUCAGGCGUUGUUAGGUUUGUCGGGUCAGUCGAGUCAGGCGUUGCUAGGUUUAUCAGGCCAAUCGAGUCAGGCGUUGCUGUCGCAAACACUGCUGACUCAGUUGGGGCAGUCGACGCACAUAGGUCAGCUGGUGCAGCAAGUCAAGGAAGAGUUGCUGACGCCAAUAAACACGCCGACGAAGCAGAGCCCGUUUGGAAGCGGACCACUGAAGCACAGUCCGGUGAAUAACACGCAGAGCGGCAACACGGCACAGAGCGUAAACAGCGGAGUAAGUAGCACCAAGGGAACGAACGGAUGCAGAGAAGCCUUCAACAUAGAAGGAAGCUACGGCCUGAUGGACAUAGUCAACUACAGAAGGUACCACAAGGCGAAGAUGCUCAACGACUUCCUGGAACAGAUGUACAACGAGUACCACUCGAGACCGGCACACAAAAGGUCGACGCACCUGGUUAACAACUACGUCAACAUAGUGAAAAACGGGCAGCUGCUGACGACGGAGUUCAUAAUCCCGGAAAACGCAAGUCUGGACGUGGACUCGGAAGACUCGGACGAAACUGACGAGGAAACGCCAGAAUUGAGGCAAAACGAAGGCCAUGAAUCGAGGUACAGCGAAAGGAACGGCGACAAGCAGAAGGAAAAGGGAGAGUCAAGGCCUGGUGAGAAGCACAACGAAAAGGCGGACCCAAAGAACGCUGAGAAGCAGGGCGACAGGAAGAAGGAGCCUGCAAGGGAAGGGCCGAGGGUGAGGGAGUUUAAGCCCAGGGAGACGUACUACGACGAGGACGCCUCGUUCGUGCUCAGCAGGCUCCCGCUCGACACGGACAUGAUCAAGUUGUCAUUCUACCACCGAGGAGUCUAUCAGUGCAAGACGAACAGCCUGAAGACGUACGCGUACGCGCACGUGGCCAAGAUAUUUGGCUUCAAGGACACCGGCACAAAUGUCAUCAGCACUAGGAAUUCCAGCAGUCGCAGCAGCAGCCGCAGCAGUAGUAACUCGAUAAUGAACACUGUAAACACAGACGCUGGUGCUACCACGGCCUAUGCAACGGUGAAUGCAGAGUCGACUACGGCAAACAGAGGUGCCAAUAUGACUACAGUAAACGCUACGACAACUGCCAAUACAACAACGGUAACCACAGGUGCCAGUGUGACAACGACAACUGCCAAUAUGACUACGGUAAGCACAGGUGCACCUACUAGUGCUGACACCACUGCAGCCUAUUCAACGGCCGCAAAAGCGACGGCGGUAAAAGCAAAUGGUAGUAUAAUGAACAGUGGACAUAUGUGUAAAGAUGAGCCGACGUUGACUAUAGAUUUGGACGACGCAGGUGAAGUGGACGCGUCAGGGCUAGCACAGAGCACGUCAAACGAGGAAGACAACUCUGCAGGACUAAACUACGGCUGGCACGAGCACGUAGUGAGAAACCUGAGUAAAAAGGCGUUUUUGGUUAAGAACAAUAAGAACGAAAACAGCGAGCUGAUAAGUAGAAUGCUCAGCGAAGAGGGCAACGACGGGAAGGUCUGCAACGCGGAGCUGCUGAGGAAGCUCCACAGGUAUAAGCUGCUGCAGAACAUGCCGACGCAGGUGCUCAGCGGGCUGAGAGCCACUGGGAAGCUGAACAUAGGCUUCCCGACGAGCCUGGAGAUGUUCGUGCUCAACGUCCCGGACUCGAUAAUGGACUGCGGAAUGUACGGGGGAGUGGGGAAGAGCUUCAUGUACUCGCUCGACGCAAUAGUCCACAACCUGGCGCUGCUGAGCACGAUCAUCAGAGUGGGCACGGUGAGCAACGUUAGAAAGAAGAACGCAAAGUAA